AGGCCAAGAAGAGAUAACCGUUUCAUUCCAACCACAUAUACUUUCAAAGGCUCAAACUUUGCGAUAUUGGGCAGGUAACUGAUCACAGCCAUGGCCGGAGAUUCUCUGUCCUCGGUGUUUGUGAACCCAUCUUUCUCGCUCUACCAUUCCAAAGCCAGAGCACUUCCAAGGAACCAAUGUGGUUCUUCUUGGCGUCAUACUGAGCCCGGAACCAAAACCACUUCUCUACCAAUCAUCAGAGCUGCUCGGAAAGAGGAUAUCGUUAUCGUCGGAGCAGGCAUCGCCGGCCUCGCUACUGCAGUGUCCCUCCACAGGCUUGGCCUUCGAUCAUUGGUGCUUGAGCAAGCAGAGUCGCUUCGGACUGGUGGAACCUCACUCACUCUUUUUAAGAAUGGUUGGCGGGUUUUGGAUGCAAUUGGAGUUGGAAGUGAGCUCAGAAGCCAAUUUCUUGAAAUUCAAGGGAUGGUGAUAAAGUCAGAAGAUGGAAGGGAGCUGCGCUCCUUCAAGUUCAAAGAUGAAGAUGAAAGCCAAGAAGUGCGUGCUGUAGAGAGGAAAGUCUUAUUAGAGACUCUUGCCGACCAGCUGCCACCAGAUUCUGUCUACUUUAAUUCCAAAUUGACAAAUAUUAGUAAAAGUGAAGGUGGAGAAACUAUGUUGGAACUGGUGGAUGGAACUCGGUUAUCUGCAAAGAUAGUUAUUGGCUGUGAUGGGAUCCGAUCUCCAAUAGCCAAAUGGAUGGGAUUUCCUGAUCCCAAGUAUGUUGGACAUUGUGCUUUCCGAGGUCUUGGAUUUUAUCCCAAUGGACAACCAUUUGAACCAAAAGUGAAUUAUAUCUAUGGAAGAGGGCUGAGAGCAGGGUGUGUUCCCGUUUCUCCCACAAAAGUCUACUGGUUUGUCUGCUUCAAUCGUUCAUCACCAGGUCCUAAAAUAAAUGACCCAUCUGAACUGAAGAAGCAAGCUAAAGAGUUGGUCAGAAAUUGGCCUGCCGAUCUACUGAACAUCAUGGACCAAACCCCGGAUGACACAAUCAUCCGAACGCCCCUUGUCGACCGGUUGUUGUGGCCUGCCAUCAGCCCCCCGGCUUCAUCAGGUAGAGUCGUGCUGGUUGGAGACGCAUGGCAUCCAAUGACACCAAAUCUCGGGCAAGGAGCGUGCUGUGCCCUGGAAGACGCCGUUGUUCUGGCAAGAAAGCUUGCAAAUGCUGUCAAAUCUGGAUCAUCAUCAGUUGAAGAUGCUCUGAGCUCGUACGGGAGCGAAAGAUGGCCCCGAGUUUUUCCUCUAUCCAUACGUGCCAAUCUCGUUGGAUCGCUCCUGCAGUGGGAGAACCCAGUUGUGUGUUCUGUUAGGAACGAUGUUGUCAUCCCCAAGCUAGUUAGGCUUGGACCAUUGUUGGCGCAUACAAAUUUUGACUGCCAACCCCUAUAGACACAGCUAAGAGAUUCAACCUCAGAACAAGUAAACAUUGAUAUACGUGUAAAACUGAGAAAAUGUACUGAAGCUUAUACAAUCUCAUUUUCUGACUGUAAUUCUUUUUGUCUGUUCUCAGAAGAUAAAUAUGUGUAUCUAGAUGUAUUUUCUUUUAGAAGCUCAAGAAGGGCUAGGAUUUUGUUAAUCUGUUAGAAUAUAACACAAUAAAAUGUGAAUCUCUGUUCGGA